UGGAGCCCCCCAGGAAUCCCGGAGCUCCGGAGCCGCUGCCGGAGCCGCGCCGGGAGCUCCGGAAGCUUCGCUGCACUUUAUGGCUCCUGCCCUCGGCUGCACUGACCCCCGUCCCGCCUGCCCGGGCUCCUGGCGGGCUCCAUCCGUCCAUCCCGGCCCUGCCCGGGCCAGAGUCCCAAAUGCCACCCCCAGGAACUGCCCCCCUGCCCCCCAUCCAGAGUCCGUGUGUUUCAAGAGUUUGGCUUUGCUCUCUGUCUGCUCCCGCUCCGCUUUUCCUGCUGGGAUCUCACCUGGGCCAGCAUACCCGCCCCCCAUUGGCUCAUCGCCUCCACCUCCAUGUAUCCGCGGCGCUGAUUGGCUGUUACACCGUCCCACAUCGCCGUUGCCAAGCAACGCUGCCAUGGCCGCGGACACGAAGAAGGCCGCGGCGAUGGAGGACUCCACCAACGAAGAUGCCGCGGCGGCCGCGGCUCUGUCGGAGCUCACGGCGCUGCUCUCGCCGUCCUGCCCCGCCGCUCCCGAAGCAGCCGAGGCCGCCCUGGCCCUGUCGGGCAGCGCCUCGGGCCGGGCGCUGCUCGCCGCACACCCCGCGGCCUUAUCGGCCUUGUCCGCCUUGGCCGCCUCGGCCUCGCGUGGAGCGCGGCCCGCUUUGUCCGCGCUGGUGAACGCCUCCUCCGAGCCCGCCGCGCUGGAGCCGCUCCUCGCCGCCGUGCCUUCCCUUCUCCCGCUCGUGGCCAGCUCCGGAGCGGCCUGCGGGGUGCUGGCCAACCUGAGCCGCGGCGCGGAGGCGGCUCCGCGGCUGCUGCGGGCGCUGGGCCCGGGCGCGGAGGCGGCGCUGCUGCGGGCGCUGAGCGCGGAGCGGCCGCGGGCCGAGCUCGGGGCGCUGCUCUGCAACCUCAGCCAGGCCGCCGAGGGACGCGGGGUGCUGCUGGAGCCGCCGGGGUGAGCGCGGA